CUCUCAUCAAUGCGUCUAGUCAGGCGUCAUUUGGGAUGGGAGGGGAAGCGGUGAUUGAUCCCUCGUACCGUCGCGCUCUCGUGCUGCACAAGAAAGACUUUGGAAUCUGUCCUGCAGGAAGCCUUGAUCCUCACGAUUUGGGAAUCCUCAACUCGAUUUCCAGGAUGCUUCUCCCUUCGUUUUCCCUUCCUGCUAAAAAGAUGAGUGAUGAAGAUGAAGAAAUGUCUAGUGCUUCGGACGAGGAUGAAUACGAUGUUCUAGACGAGGAUGAAGACGCUGGAGGUGCUCGGAUUAUUGCUCGACUGGACAAACUCAACGUUUACUCCGAGGGAGACUUCUUCAAGGGACACGUCGACACCGCUCGCUCCUCAGACAUGUUCGGAACGCUGUUGAUAAACUUGCCCGUCAAACACGAGGGGGGUCAGCUUGUGGUCAAGGCACCGAUAGUAAAAAGCAGUGACACUGACCUGGGGCGCGAUGAGUACACCACGAAAUGGGGAAGUGGUACAGAUCUCGAGUGGAUUGCCUUCUUCUCCGACUGUGAACAUGAAGUAUUUCCGGUCACAAGCGGCAACCGAGUGACACUCACAUUUACGCUCUCGUUUGACAACACCAACAACGGUUCUGAACCAUUCGGCGCCGAAAUCGUGGCUAAAUCUCGAUAUCCCAAGAUUGAAUUGCUACAUCGUGCACUCACUGCUCCUGGUAUAUUCACCGAAGAUCACCCUCGUCUGUGUUUCUAUUUGGAACACAGAUAUGUGAGUCAUUGGUCAUUUGUGCACUUUUGGACGGCUGACGUGCAUACUUGACUAGCCCAUAGACGGGAUGAGCGAGAGGGCUGAUUCAGUUAAGCACAAGGUAGGGACGACGUAUUACUCAGCUCGGCCCCUAUAACAUAUCCAUAUCCAUAUCCAUACUUCAUUUCUCCUU